UUUUUAAUUUCUGCUGCAAUCUCAGAAUCCUGGGUCCCUUUUGGGACCUGAGCCCCAUCUCCUGGCAGGAUUUUCUAUCACCGGCAUAUAGUAGAUUUUCCCUCCUUUUUGUUCCCCCCCCCAGCACCUUAACUCUCAGCUUCCCAGACUUUCUCCAAUGACAGAGCUGGGUGGGUGGAGGAGGAGAGGGUUUGCAAGAGAGCUUGCCGGCUGGGGUGAGGAGACUGUGUGUGGAGCAGGCGUGAGCGUGGGCUGCGUGGGAGAGAAUGCGAGGCUGCCGUCAAGCCCAGCAUCCACACGAGGAGGCCUGCGAUGGCGUCUGAGGGAGCAAGAGAAUUUGAGAAAACAGCAAAAUGCCAAGAGUCCAAAGGGCAGGCUGGCAGGCACUGGCUGCCUGUGGGGCCUCCCAGAAAGCACAAAGGGAAACAGAGCCAGUGAGGACGGGAGAGGCUGCCAGCAGCAACAGGGAAAGGCGAGGGCCGGAGCCCAAGAGGAGGCCUCAGAGAGGACCAGGAACCGGGACGCACCUCAGCCAUCCUGCGAGAGGCAGCCCAGUGGAGACUUCCAGCCGCCCUGGAGGUCCUUGCACCCAAGACACUUCACCCACCCCAGGGAGAGAAGCAGAAAGGCACUUCGCCACUGUCCCCGUCAGUGCCAUUGAACUCAAAUACUGCCAUGGGUGGAGGCCAGCAGGGCAGCGUGUCCCUAGCAAGACAGGGACUGGGCAACACACCUGUGCCAAAGCCUACCAGAAGCCCAGCAUGUUCAAGGUGAUCCUGAGGGCUGUGGCAGACAAGAGGACCUGCAAGUAUGUGUCCCUGGCCACCCUGAAGAAGGCUGUUUCCACCACGGGCUACGACAUGGCCCAAAAUGCCUAUCAUUUCAAGCAUGUGCUCAAGGGGCUGGUGGACAAGGGCAUGCUCAGCAGGUGACCGGCAGGGUGGCCUCAGGCUCCUCCACCCUGGGCAAGAAGCAGGCCUCCAAGUCCAAGCUCAAGGUCAAGAGACAACGGCAGCAGAGGUGGCGCUCUGGGCAGCGCCCCUUUGGACAGCACAGGUCACUACUGGGCUCCAAACAGGGGCACAAGCGGCUUAUCAAGAGGGUUCGAAGGGUGGCCAAGUGCCACUGCAAUUAACAAGGCAGGCCAGGCAAGCAGUCAGGGGUGCCAAGCCUGCCAUUGGCUCAGUGCAGUAGGAAUAAAAGGAACCUAACUUAUUUCA